AUGAACAACGUCGACCUCGGAAACCAGUACAAGAAGAUCAUCCAGUUCUUCUGGGACCCAGAACCGAAGAACGAUGACAGCGGCCUUCCCAUCUGGUGUCUGGGAUGCGAGUACCAGCAGCCGGCAGCAUCUUCACAGGCUUCUACACAGAUACUAGAGCCAGAAUCACAUCAUGCCUCCCAGGAACUGUCGUCAGAACGGCCCUCGGAACGGCCCUCGGAAGCGGACAGCGUCAGCAAGAAGAACGAGACCCAGGAACGGCGUUCAUAUGGGAAGCCUGGUGAGAGACGGACGUCGACGGACGACAACAGACCAACGACACCCAGCUCAGCCAUAUCCUCGUUCGUUCACCUCUCGACGCCGGCGGGAUCGGGGUCAGCAGAAGCUGCCACACCGGCGUGGCCACCGCUCUUCCUAGACGACUUUGAAUCGAGACUGUGGAUAACGUACCGAUCCCACUUCCCGCCGAUACCCAAGACAGGCGGGAGCAGCAGCUCGUCGAUGCCCCUGGGCGUGCGCCUGCGCAGCCAGCUCAUCGACACGCAGGGCUUCACCUCAGACACCGGAUGGGGGUGCAUGAUCCGGUCUGGCCAAAGCCUGCUUGCCAACACCCUUCUCUUCCUCCGGCUGGGACGAGGAUGGCGACGGGGCAGCCAAGAGCAGGAAGAAAGCGAGCUGCUGUCUCUGUUUGCAGACCAUCCGCGAGCUCCCUUCUCGAUCCACCGGUUCGUGCAGCACGGGGCAACAGCCUGUGGCAAGUGUCCUGGCGAGUGGUUUGGCCCCGCGGCGGCGGCACAGUGCAUACAGGCGCUGGCAAACGGGCACCCGCAGGCCGGGCUGAACGUGUACAUCACCAGCGACGGGUCUGACAUCUACGAGCGACAGUUCCGUGAGAUUGCGUGCCGGGGCCUUGGAGAAGACGGAGAAGACGACAGCAUCAAGCCGACGCUGAUACUGCUUGGAGUGAGGCUGGGGAUCGACCGGGUGACGCCCGUGUACUGGGAGUCCCUCAAGGAAGUCAUCCGCUUUCCUCAGUCCGUCGGCAUUGCAGGUGGCCGGCCGUCGUCGUCACACUACUUUAUCGCUACACAAGGGGACACGUUCUUCUACCUGGAUCCGCACCAGACGCGGCCGAGUCUGCCGCCACGCACGGCCGGGGAAGACGUGUACAGCCCUGGGGAGCUGUCGACGUACCACACACGGCGUCUGCGGCGGCUACACAUCCGGGAGAUGGACCCGAGCAUGCUGAUCGGGUUCCUGGUGCGUGACGAGGGCGACUGGGAGGACCUGAAGGGGCGGAUACGGCGGACGGGCGGCAAGGCGGGCAUCAUCCACAUCUUUGACGACGAGGGGAGUGCUCGGGAGGCUGGCUGCGAGCGGGAGGGCGCUGAAGAGGAAGUCGAAUCUUUUGACGAGUUUUGA